AUGACAUUUCAUCCAUCUACUCUGGAGUCCAUCCCAGAGAAUGAAGCCAUUUUCUUGGUCUCUGACAAAAUGAUGGUAUCGAAACCUUACACAAAACCAAGAUCCUCUUUUUCAGUUUGGAAAUGCUCCCACCCGGACUGCAUUGCAAAUCCAUGCUCCAAGAGAGCCAUUUUCUGUCGGGGAGUGCAGCGACCUCUCUGGGCACUGAUUUUUGUUAUCUCCACACUUGAAACCCCCGUGCCUGAGCUAACAAUGUCUCACUUUAGUGGCAUCACCAAUCUUCUCACCGUUGCAUGGCAAUCCAUCGUUUAUCUCAUUCGACCGGAUCUUGCGUUGGAUUUUAUCCCCAGUCAACGUCCCUCUAGGUUUUCCGAUUGGACCACCCACGGUGUCAACCCCAUACCAUGCCACUCGCACAAUGACUACUGGCGCCGUGUCCCACUACACUCGGCACUUCGUGCCGGAUGCAUCAGCGUCGAGGUUGACGUCUGGCCAUGGGAAAAUGAGAUUCUAGUCGGUCAUUCACGUUACACGGUCCUCCGGGGAACACUGCAGAGCCUCUAUCUUGACCCGUUGCUGAAGAUGCUCGACACACACAAUGCACCUCCUCGCAACUGGCCGAAAACCAUGAGCCAGGAGAUGGUCGGGCUGUUUUCCAAUGACCCAAGGCAGACUCUGACCUUGCUGAUUGAUUUCAAAACCGAGGGUGAUCGGACCUGGCCUAUUCUUCUCGAACAGCUGGACUCGUUGCGUGAAAAGGGUUACCUCACUCACUUCAAUGGCUCUGAUGUUAUAUACGGCCCAAUCACUGUUGUCGCCAGUGGAGACGCUCCUUUUAACUUGAUGUUGGAAAACGCGACCUACCGCGACGUCUUCUACGAUGCACCUCUUAGCGACUUGGCAUUUCCUACCGAAGUAACAGCAGAUGACAAAAAACCAAGGUAUUCCACUUAUAAUCCAUCCAACAGCUAUUAUGCAUCCGCAGACUUCCGCAAGGCUAUUGGGUCUCUCUCUCUUGGCCGUCUGUCAGAUGCUCAGCUCGCUGUUCUUCGGAGUCAAGUACAUGCAGCUCAUAAGGCAGGGUUAAAGGUACGAUAUUGGGGAACUCCCACCUGGCCAGUUGGAUUGCGGAACUAUAUCUGGAGUGUACUUGUGCGCGAGGGUGUGGAUGUGAUAAAUACAGAUGAUUUGCGCGGUGCAACUAAGCAGGACUGGAAGUCUCACCACUGGUGGAAUUGGUAG